AUGCCCCCAAAACUGCCUGUGGGCACGCAAUCCGAAUGCAUCGCUACAAUUCACCGAGCUGUGAUGUUCAGCGGCUUCGAUGCAGCGAAUCCGGAUCUCACCGUCGCCCAGAAGAMGAGGCUCCUGCUGAGUCCUCCUCGCUUCCCACGAGGAAUGCCAGUGUUCUCUGGUUAUGCAAAGACAAGAGGUGGAUACAGCACAUGCAUUGUCGGUGGAAGACGAAGACUGCUGCAUAGAGUUGCUGUGAUGGCAGUGGCAGGCCGGAUGAAUCAGAGGGUAUGGGAUGCUUGA